AUGGACAACCUCAGCAAACUGGCCAAAGUUUCCUGGAGCUGCAUGUCCAAGUCUGCCAUUGACCAAUUUACAAAGUGUGUCGCUCUUGAGCUGGCACCAAAGCAAGUACGAGUUAACUCUUGGGCCAGGUGUGAUCAUAAGAGAUCCACAAGCAUGCAGGUCUGGAUGAACAGUAUAAACAGUUCCUUGAGAAGUGGAAAGUCACACGUGCCCUUGGCUGACCAGGUGAAGUGGAGGAAGUGGCAAUUGCCUUCCUGGCCUCAGAUGCUGCUACCUUUUUAUUAUAGGCGUGAACCUCCCAGUAGACGGAGGCUGUCAUGGCAUGUGUCCAUGAUGGAGCCAUGCCACCAUAACAAAUCUGGGGUGGGUUUCCCAAAAGCAUCUUAAUGCUAAGAGCAGCUUAACCAAGAGAGCGAGUGUUCAUUGUGAUGCUUCACUCCUAUUAUCUAACGAUCUUUGUGCUACGAUGCUUUUGGGAAACUCACCCCUUAUUAGUAGUUGCAAAUAAGAAUCUUUAAAAAUUAACUGCAAAUCUCCAGUAUUUCUUGUAGUAAACAAUCUUCGGUAAAUUCAUGUAUUUUGACACUUGUAUUUCUCUGGUCAUGCGCACAUGCAUUAGACUGUAAUUCAUUAUGGCUCAGUGAUGUGAGAGUUUUGUUUCUACGAAUUUCAUAAUUCUAAAAUCUAGGGUUAGGGUCUAAAAUUCUAAAGUCACUUCAAAAUAAUCAGAAUUAAACUGAACAAGGGGUAAAUCCACCUCAAAUCACCAGAUUUCUGAAAAUGUUCCUGACUGACCAUCUCCAAUUUAAUACUUUCAUAAACUGUUAUUCCCAGUAAACACCAUACAAAAUUUCAGCCUUAUCUUUUAGUUUGGGCGGCACGGUGGUGUAGUGGUUAGCGCUGUCGCCUCACAGCAAGAAGGUCCGGGUUCGAGCCCCGUGGCCGACGAGAGCCUUUCUGUGUGGAGUUUGCAUGUUCUCCCCGUGUCCGCGUGGGUUUCCUCCGGUUUCCCCCCACAGUCCAAAGACAUGCAGGUUAGGUUAACUGGUGACUCUAAAUUGACCGUAGGUGUGAAUGUGAGUGUGAAUGGUUGUCUGUGUCUGUGUCAGCCCUGUGAUGACCUGGUGACUUGUCCAGGGUGUACCCCGCCUUUCGCCCGUAGUCAGCUGGGAUAGGCUCCAGCUUGCCUGCGACCCUGUAGAACAGGAUAAAGUGGCUAGAGAUAAUGAGAUGAGAUCUUUUAGUUUGAGAUAUUGGAGCUUUAAAAAUAGGGUGUGUGACUGAUUUUUACUGUAAAAAUGAGUGGUACAGAAAAAGAUGCCAAGUUCAAGAAGUCAUUACUUUUGAACUAUUCAUGCUAGAUGCAUGAAAUUUUCAGGUGGUGUUCUUGGGUACUAGAUGUCUAACUUCUAUAAAAGAUCCAUAGUUGUAUAUUUGUCAGUUUAUAGCUUGCUGAAAACUGUAAAUAAAUUAAAUUGUGCUUUGGAGCAGUUUUGGCCCUCUGCAUUUUCACAUUGAAGCACUUCAGAUCUUUCAAAUUGUAUUUAUUUCUCAUGUUGUACUAUUUUGGUGACUAAAUAUUUUUCUAAAAAAUAAAUUUCUGAUAAUGUGAGUGUGAAUGGUUGUCUGUGUCUAUGUGUCAGCCCUGUGAUGACCUGGCGACUUGUCCAGGGUGUACCCCGCCUUUCGCCCGUAGUCA